AUGACAAACAACCUCCCCUUCCAAGUCAAGGACCAGAGGAAGCGGUUUGACAUCAUCGACCUUGGCAGCAACCGCACCUUUAAUUCGUGCCCAGAAAAUGCAUCUGAAGACUUUGAAGUGGCUAUCACCUCAUCGUAUGACGCUUCCAAGGAAGUUCGCCUCCUAAACCCACGCAAAUGCGCCGAGCUGCUUCUGGACUGGCUUCGCCUGAUUGAGCAGGCCUAG